CGCUAUUGUUACUUUACUAAUUACUACUACUACUGCUACUAAUGCUGCUGCUACUGCUACUGCUACUACUGUUACUGUUACUGUUACUGUUAUUGCUACUGCUACGUGUUAUUUAUUGCUACAGUAGUAUUAUUUCAUACUUUGUAAUGGUAUUGCUACGUAUAUUAUUUGUUUUCUUACAUUAAUCUGUAUUAUGUUAGAUUAAAUAUCAUCUUCAUUUCCACUAUCAUUUUUCAUUACAUAUCGUUUACAAUACUACUCCGUUCUUAGCGUUCUUACCUCUACUACUGUUUAUUGACACGAUUACCACUAACCGUCGUCGCCGUCGGCCUCCUCUCCCUCCUCAUUAUCGUCAUGCGGUGUAAUAUAUGCUGCGUGAAUUUUAUAAUGCCAAUUUCACGUACUCACGGCUAAUAUAUUAGGCUAUACCUCUUAUACGAUCAUAAUUAAUCGUCGUUGUCAUUGUUUCCUUCAUAAUUGAACUGCAUUACUCUUGCAAGUGCACAUUCAGCGGCUGACGAGACGAAGAUUAAGGACAGAGACGAGUAAGUAAGAAGUACAGCGUCCGAUUGCGUGAAAGUAACUCGAAAUAUCGCAGACUCGAAUAUAAUCUGUUUAUCUAUUUACCUAUUAUCGCCAAUACGCGACGUAAUUUUUUUCCUGAAGUGUAUAUUAAAGAUAUCAAACUGAAUGCGGGCGCAAGGGUCUGUCUGAUUACUCAGACGAGAGGUGUAGUAAUCGUGAACAAAAUUUACCAUGAAAUUGUAAUAUACUGGUACAUUUAGGCGUAAAAAAAAAAGAAACAAAAAGUAUGUACUGUUUUGUCGGUGACAAGUAUUUUCAAUUACUCAUGAUUAAUGUAAACUUUGAAAAUACUUUUCGUCUGUUAAAAAAAAAGCGAUCACGCUCAUAUGUAUCAUGUGGCGCGCGCGCAUGUGUGUGUGUGUGUGUGUGUGGGUGGGUGUGUGUGUGUGUGGCUAUUUGGCUAGUACAAAAACGUUAAAUGUGUGGCGGAUAUGAUGAGGAUAAUCAUUAUUAUUUCUGACAAUAUACACAUGUAUCGCUAUAUAUAUAUAUAUAUAUAUAUAUUUGUUUUUUUUUUUUUAAUUUAGUGUUACGUUCUUGGACACUGCGGAGAUACACUCACUACUGGGUUUUGUGCUGCGAAAGUAACGAAAUAAAUAUUGCGGUAAUCAUUACCCAUUGUAAAUCUUUGAAAUGCAACGUAACAAAUGCGACAGACCCUCGUACCUAGCUCGAAAUUUUAGAACACCUAUCAUUUUAUCUAUCUAUAGUUAACGAUCUAACUUAUACGUCUAUCUGCUAAAACUUGAAAAUAAAAUAAGUACUGAUAAAAGAUCAUUCUUGACUUCUAAUCAGUAUUUAGUAGCAAUUGAUAUAUACUCGAUUUAUCUAAUCGAUUGUCUGAUCUUUGAAAACCUAACGAAUCGAAUAACUGGAACUUUCUUUCUUUCUUUUCUUCUGGAAGUAUUAAAUUUCUUUUCUUUAUAUUCACGUACUGUUUUUUUUUCUUUUUACCAUGCAAGCGCAAAAUCACAAAAUCACAAACGUUUUGAAAGUAAUUGCUACCUUUUUAUCUCGCGGCGCUAAAAUCGCUGUAUCGUAGGGUAGGGUAGGGUGCUGCGUUUAUUAUAUGUACAUACAGUGCAGCACAGUGACAGUGAGAGACACAAAGCAACCGACGGUGUGUAGGGUGUAGUUUUACCUACAAUCUGUCACAACAAAAAAGAUUGAAGAUGUGCAAAGGUUUCUUGUAAUGAUCUAUGUUUCGCGAUUUAACCGAAUUUCAAUGAUUAUCAAACAAGAUUAUCGAAAUUAAUGGGGAAUGAAAUAAGUGCCCUGAAAGGGCUGGAAAUCGAAGAGAAAUCUGUGGAAGUGACAGAUUUUUGGGUGCAUUAUACUGCCAGCGUGAAUGGAUAUGGUGCUCAAAAGGUGUCCUUGUUUAUCAGCGAACCGUCGUUGCAUUAUAGCGCUAAUUUUGGAAAUCCAUCUCCUUUAGAGAAAGCUGCAAAGAAUCUUAUGUUGUACAGACAUCCUUGUAUACUCAAGUAUGUAUCGUCGUGGUCCAAAGGCAGCAAAUUUUUCCUUUCUACCGAACACGUUAAACCUCUGAUUCAAUCUAUAGAAACACAAAAUACCUUGCAAAUAUGCAUGGGCUUGUAUAGUAUUUUACGUGCGUUGGUGUUUCUUCACGAAAAAGCAUCCGCGUCCCAUAAUAACAUUUGCGGAAGUUCCAUUUACGUCACAUCGGAAGGAUGUUGGAAACUUGGCGGAUUAGAGUGUCUAUGUAAGUCUAAGGAAUUAACGUCUGCUUAUUUAAAGAAAAUAAGAAGCUACAGGUACGAGAGAGCGAUAUCUCCAGAUGAGGAUACAACAGUUUUAUCUACGAAUUAUUCUGCUAUCGAUGGGUACGCAUUUGGAAUAUUGGCAGAGGAUAUACUGAAAUUAAAGAAUUCAGAAGAUGUUCCAAGUCUCCUGGAGUUCCGACAGUUUUGCAAAGAGAAUUUGCAAAACGUAGAUCCAUCCCAACGUAGCGAAUUAUCAAGCGUGCUUAGACAUCCAUUUUUUACUCAUGACUUUAUGCGAAUUCAUGCAUUUCUAGAGGAACUGCCUUUAAAGAACAACCUAGAGAAAGAAAUAUUUUUUGGAACCUUAAUAAUGCAAUUAAGAACAUUUCCUGAAAAUAUCGUCGCAGAACAGUUGGGUCGAUUAUUACUUUCUAGAAUGGUUUUAUUAGAUGCAACAGCACAAGAAAAACUUUUACCAUUCGUCUUAAAACCAAGAGAUGGGAAAGACAAAAUGGACGAUAAUCUGUUUGCAGUUUCAACAUUUAAAGUCUACUUAGUACCUAAACUAUUGCAAAUGUUUUGUAUAAGGGAUGUAUCGAUUCGAUUAGUCCUGUUAUUGCAUUUUAAUUCAUUUGUGCACACGUUUCAAGUGGAUGAAUUAAAGUCUCAAGUACUUCCAGAACUACUUGUUGGAAUUAAAGAUACCAACGAUCAUCUCGUAUCUGCAACAUUGAAAGCAUUAUCCGAUAUAGUUCCAAUCCUAGGUGCAGCCACUGUGAUUGGUGGAAACAGAGGAAAAUUAUUUACGGACGGUCGACCAAACAAAGUAAAGGAAAGCGGGCAAAACAGUAGCGACACCUCGUCUUUUACAAAUAUCGUUGAAUUUCCAGCACCUAUGAGUACCAAUCAAGAAACGGUUAACUUACCAGAAAGACCAUCACCAGACGGAGGUGAGGAUAAAAAGGAAAUCAUGUCUUCCAUCACCGAGGAAGAAUACACAUGGUCUGAUUGGGAGACGCAAGAACCCGCUACCGCAGACGUACAUCACGUUUCUCGACCUCCGAACACGAUUUGCGAAUCUAACGGAAUAUCGACUGUUAAUUCAACUCUAACUAUCGAAACAGAUUCAGUACUAAAUAUAGACAAAGCCAAGAUAAUUGACCCUAAAUUUCCAAAGAAAUCGAUUAUUUUAUCCGAUAUUUCAGAGCUUGAUAUUAAGAAUUCGAAGCUGUCCAGUUCUGUCAAGGAAGAGUAUGACUUUUUCACAGACAUGGAGCCCGUAAUAAAAAAGACGCAAGUCUUGCACGUAUCACAACCGCAGACACUACAAAAAAGUGUGUUCGACAUAAAAGUAUUAACCGAAGAGAACGAUGGUUGGGAUGAUGAUUUAAGCGAUUGGGGAACAGAGGAUGUUCAGGAAUUGAAAAUUUAAGAAGAGCUUACCGUUCUUGAACGUAUGUGUUAUACGGACUGUAAAGAAAACAAUUACUUAUCGCAGAUGAAUCUAUGCAUCUGAAUUCUUAUAUAAUUCGACAUCAAUUUUUAUUGUUUAAAAAGAUAAGAAAAAGUUCACGAAAGGCUAAUAUUAGAAAUAAAAUAAUUGUUUCACAAAAAUUGAUAAAGAUUUAAUCGGUAAGGUAGAGAUUGCGUAGAUUUUCUCCAAGAACGAUACCGCUUAUUUGGUUUAAUCUCCUCGAAUUCAAAGUCUAGGUGAAUUUUAUGGCAGAUUUUAGUAACAAACAUUUUUUACACUCCGUACGUAUAAAGAAUAAGUUACAUAUUAUAUUACCAAUCGCAUAACUCCGUUCACCGAGACAAAAGGAACACUUGUCCCUAAAUCAUGAUUCCAAUGUAUGUACAGUAAAGAUGUAUCGGUAAUUUUCAAGCAAACAAAUUUUUUUAACAUAUCGAAUUUUGUAAAAAAUAAACUGCGACAUUUGAUUAAAUAAAUAAAUUAUAUUUAAAUAAUAUAA